AUGGCUGACCCUUUGUCAAUUGCUGCUAGCAUUGCUGGUAUCAUCUCUCUGACAGAUGCUGUCUUUCGAUAUACUUUCCGAUACACCCGAACCGUCUCAGGCGCGAAAGACGAGAUAAAUCGACUCAGUGAAGAGAUCAACUCUUUCUCUGCAGUGCUGCGAAGCUUGCAUGCACUCGCAUGCGAUUUACAGGCCCAAGGACAAGAGUUCGUAACCGCAUUAAGAGUGGAACAUCUUUCACAAUGUGAGCAUACAUUCGAAAAAGUGAAGAAGAGGCUCAAGAAGGCAUGUGGCGACUUGGACGGUUCUUCUAAGCUGAAACUGGUGGCGCGGCAAUUGAAAUGGCCCUUUUCAGCGUCAGAAACCAAGGAACUACUAGUAGAUGUGUCGCGACACAAGAAUACCAUUUCCCUCGCUACCUCCGCUGAUACUAUGCGCCAACUCCAGUUACUGCUGUCAAAGCAGUCUGAUCGUUUCGAUAAAAUCGACCAAUCUCUCGAGGGGUCAUCGCAGAAGAUCGAAAUUGGCGUCCAGAUCCUUCUAAACAGCGAGAAAAAAAGUGUCUUAGAUUUCUUCAUGCCUCCAAGGGUCAACCCACAAAGAAAUCUAGACCAGAGCAUCAAGUGGCGACAGCCAACCACAGGUACUUGGUUACUCGAAUCAGAAGAGCUCAAACAAUGGUACACUACACCUGGCUCGCGUCUAUGGUUGAAGGGUAUUCCCGGCGGAGGAAAAACCGUGCUGGCUGGUGCCAUCAUCCAAGAAGCGCUUGCUAGAGCCUCAGUUGAGCCACGCAGAAUAGGUGCAGCAUUCUUUUUUUGCGACUAUAAAAAUGACGCGACCCACUCACCAGUCAACAUACUGGGUUCAAUUGCGCAUCAAAUCGCCUUGCAAAAGGACGAAGCCUUUGAGCUUUUGAAGGAUUAUUAUCAAGAGCUUCAUCCAGAACGAUCACCGACUCAGUCACCCGAUGCCGAUGAGUUGCGAGCCACGAUUAGUCGAAUGUCAGAGCACUUUGACCACGUCUACAUCAUACUCGAUGGCGUCGACGAAUGCCGAGACGAAAUUGAGGAUGUGGCUACAGCAGUUCAAGACCUUGCAGAUUGCACCGAUAACACUUCGAUUGCUGUCUUUAGUCGCGAAGAAGAGGAAAUUGAGGCCGCAUUGGAUGACGAUUUCCGACACAUUACCAUUUCCGCACGGACGGAGGAUAUCGAGACGUACAUACGAGCGGAGAUGAUGUUGCGAGAGAGUAAUGGCAGAUUGAUUGUGAAGGAUGUGGCGGCGAAAGAGAGAAUAGAGAGUGAACUCGUUGAAAGAGCCAACGGAAUGUUUCGUUGGGUUACCUGCCAGCUGGACUAUAUGACUGAAUUGUGGACCGAUGAAGAUCGUGUCGAAGCUCUUAACCAUCUCCCUGCUACCUUGCAUGAUAGCUAUUUCCGGAUUCUUAGAAAGAUCAACAAGCUGCCCCUCAAGACAAGAGAUAUGGUGCGACUAUGCCUACGACUUCUGGCUGUCUUCCCAAAACCUCCGACGAUUGAACAGCUAUGUCAGGCAAUCUCGACCCCCACGACUCUUGGAGCCAAUCUUGGACAAAUAAUCAACCAAGACUCCGUGGCUCGAAAAUGCAGUAGCCUGAUCCGCAAAAGUGCAGACGGUCUGUAUUUCGAGUUUGCCCAUUUCACUGUCCAGGAGUUUCUGUCAGAUCCACUGCUUGUCUCCUUGCCCGAAUUCGCUCCAUACCGAAUCUCGAAGUCAGACGAUGAGCCAGUGCUGGGGUUGUUGUGUCUCAAGCUCAUACAGCUUAAAAUUUUCGAGUCUGAGCCUUUCGACGAGAGCAGAGCCAACCCGCUCUCUUUUUAUCCCGAGGCCGCUACAAGAUGGCCGCAACUGACUGCAAAUGGCCUAGAAAGCUCAGGACUACUUGACGCCGCAAAAUCGCUAUUUCGUCCAACUGAAAGCCAGAUCUACCUUGGAUGGUUGAAAACAUUCAUUGGCUACAUUUCCUCGAGGAUGUCGUCAGAAAUACGCGAUAUUGCCGUCGUCCGCGGUACAAAGCUCAGGAUGGCCGAGUUCCAACUAUCAUGCCGCCCAUUACAUGUGGCAGCUGCUCUAAACCUGCCUGAGAUAUGCUCAUACCUCAUACAGGAGCGUCAAUGCUAA